AUGGCAUUUAUUAAAGAGGAGAGUGAAGAUGUGAAGAUUGAAGAAACAUUCCGAGUCAAACAGGAAGAUCCACAGGAACAAACAGACCUGAUGGUGCUGAAAGAAGAGACUCAUCAAUGGAAUGAAAUGGAAGAGAAACAACAAGAAAUAACGACUAAUGAAAAACCCACACUCACUAAAAAGACUUCAUCACGCGGAAGACCUCGGAAAUCCAAAUCUGGGUGUAAUUUCAGCUGUAAACGGUGUAGAAAGAGUUUCAGUCAAAGGUCAAACCUUGAUGUUCACAUGAGAGUUCACACAGGGGAGAAACCUUACACCUGCAAACAGUGUGGAAAAAGCUUCUAUACUAUAGGAAACUUAACAGUGCACAUGGGAAUUCACACUGGAGAGAGGCCGUACGCAUGCCAAAAGUGUGGGAAAAGCUUCUAUACUACAGGAAACUUGGCAGCGCACAUGAGAAUUCACACUGGGGAGGAGCCUUAUUCUUGCCUACAGUGUGGAAAGAGUUGUAAGCAAAAUGGGAACCUUGAAGUCCACAUGAGAACUCACACUGGAGAGAGAAGCUUUAUUUGCACACAGUGUGGGAAAGAGUGUGGUAAAAGUUUCAGAUGUAAAAACACACUCGAUCACUACAUCAUAAGUCACACCGGAGAGAAGCCGUUUGCAUGUGCUCAUUGUGGAAAGAGCUUCACAACCAAAGCUAGAAUCAUGAAUCACACGAAUGGUCAUACUGGAACCACAUGUGAUCAUUGUGGAAAGAGUCUCACAUGCAAAGACUCCAUUAAGCAACACAUGAGGACUCACUCAGGAGAGCGUUUUCGAUGUAGUGAGUGUGGAAAGGUCUUUAAACAUAAAAGAAGCCUCAUCAAUCACAUGAAGCUCCACAAUGGAGAGCAAAAAAUGAGGCCUUGUCCAGCGGAGCUUAAGGCUCUCUCCCGGGAUAGCAUGGGAUAGCAUCUCGGGACAAGUGUGAACUCUUGAAUACUUAUUAAGUUACUGGAAUGAAACCCUUUGAACCUGAAGAUUUAAACUCAAUAACUGAAGAGGGGUGAAGAUGUACCAGGUUGUGAGAGUUUCUACAGGGCUGCAAGAAAGCAAAAUUACUUUAUAUGUGUUUCAAGUUAUUAUGAACUGAGAACCAAAUUUGUGCACAUUGCACACUGCAAUCAAAUGAUCGGCUCUGAAAAGAGAAUUAGAAAGAUUAGGGAGGAGAAAAUAUUUGGGAAGAUGCAGGGAACACUGUCCUACACCCUUAUGUUGUGUUUUUGAUCAUUCACAUUGUUUGAUCGUCACUCCCUGGAACAAACACCAAUUUGCCUCCAAUUUUGGGCUUUUGUCUGCAGUUUCAAAAAACUUGUUGGUGAAUAAAAAUCCACCUAAACUCGAGCGGUGUGAACUUGCAAUGACAGUGAAAGACUGAUGCAAAUUCCAUAAAGCCCUGAUCAGACUACACAAUGCCAUUUGCCAGUUACCACAGAUCAGAUUUGUGUCAGAUUAUGAGAUUCUGACUUGAUCAUAUCUUGAUGUGUUGUGGGUACAAAUGAAGACUUUUGUUUCAAAACACUACACAUUUAUUUUGAUGGGCUGAUUUAAGAAAUGAAACAAGUAUUCUUCAAGAAGACAAUUAAACUUUCUGUAGACAACUGCUUGCCUUUAAAUAUAUGUUCAUGUGAAAA